AUGGCAAGCAAAGACACAGAAAUUAAUUUGACCACAGGCUACGAUGUUAGUCUAACCACCACAGCCGGAGAAACCAAACUAGCUUCAUAUCUGGAGGCUCCCACCACCAGCAGCCCCUCCAUGGACUGUGGAUCCUCUCUUCCCGUCUCCCCUCCCGGAGUCGAUGCUGAAGGCCUUGCCUCGCCUGCCUGGUCACUUGACUCUCUAGAGCAUUGUGAGGAACAUGAACAGAGAUUGUGUAUGUUCUGUUUGGAUGACCUGGAGCCUUUAUGUAAACAAUGUACAGCUGUGAGCCAUGAAGGACACAGAGUUUACCUCUUAACUGAGGCUGCAACUGACUGCAAGGUAGGAAUCAGCUAUCAGGAGGAGCUCAGAACAUCUGUAAAUGGAUUGAAGAAGAAGCUGAUACAAUAUGAGAAAGCUGCACAGACCUGUAACCAUUCUGCAAAACACAACCAGGCUGAGGUCAAACUGAUAGAGGAGCAGAUGAAAAAGGACUUUGAGAGACUUCACCGUUUUUUGCGAGAGGAGGAAGAAGCCAGGAUACUUGCACUCAAGAAGGAACAGGAGGAGAAGAAGAGAGAGUUGCAUGAAAGGACGGACAGAAUCAGUCAGGUGAUAAAAUCUCUGGGAAACAAGAUCCAGCUGAUUGAAGAGGAGCUAGAUGGAGAUGGAGAUGGGGUCACAUUUUUACAGGUAACAUCAAUCAAAUGUUAUAAAGUUAAGCCAAUGAAGAUUUGCAGACUUCUGCUAAAUGUGGCUAAACAUCUGGGAAACAUCCAGUAUGCUGUCUGGGACAAGAUGAAACACAUCGCCCCCUACACUCCAGUGACGCUGGACCCAAGAACAGCUGGCAAGUCCCUGAGAGUGUCUACUGGACUGAACAGUGUCCAGAUUUCUCCAGAACCCUCACUGGGGCAUGAAGAGAAUCAAAGUAUCCCAGCCAACCCAGAACGCUUUCACCCUUACUCCUGCAUCCUGGCAAAAGAAGGCUUCAGCUCCGGGGUACACUGUUGGGAUGUUGAGGUUGGUGACACCCCUAACUGGACAAUAGGUGUUGCUACUCACUCAGUGUCCAGAGGAGAAGAGUUCGAGGCAUGUCCAGAGGCAGGGCUCUGGUGUAUCAGCCUGCGGGACAGCGAGUAUCGAGCUCUCACCACUCCCUCUCAGAUCCUCUACCUGGACAAGUCACACCACCUUAAGAGAGUCCGAGUGAGGCUGGACUGGGAUGAAGGGAAGUUGGAAUUCAUGAACAGUGAUACUCACAUGCAUCUGUUCACGUUUACACAUCGCUUUGUUGAAAAGGUGUACCCAUACUUGGAGACCAUAUCUGCGUGUGGGGGCCUUGCUGUGUUAGCAGAGAGAGUGAAUGUCAGCAUGGAGUCAUAUCACGUCCCUGUUGAAGACACUGGCCCUAAAGAGAGUCAGGAAAGUGAAUCCUCUGCUGAAGAAAGAAUCAUCACUUCAGUUACAAACAACAACAAAAAGACGUUGGAUUACCUACAUGUGGCAGAAGACAAAAAACAAUCAGUUCAUUCUAAGAGUGAGAAGAAAAACACCAAACCUGAGAGACCCACCAAUAAGCAGGAGCUCAAAACAAAAUCUGCUGGAGAAGAAAAGACAUCGGGCAACAAACCUGCUGUUAAAAAACAGCCAACCAGGAAGCCCAGGUUUAAUGUGACCUACCAUGUUUCACUGAACCGAGCCCUAAACAUCAUCAAAAAUGAAUCCGGCAACCGAAGAACCGCAAGAAAUCCAGAUCAAUCCUGUUGA